AUGAUGCUGAGGAAGCUGAGAAAUGCGCUGCCGUGGACGGCGGCGGCGGCGGCGGCGGACGACAAGCCCAAAUCCUCCACCAGACACCCUAAGGAUCAGGCCUCGAAGCUCAAGCCCGCUCUCUUCCUCAUUUCCUUCUUCGCCUUCUGGCUCCUCCUCCUCUACUUCCGCUUCGAUCCCCGCCGCCCCGACGCCGCGAUACGAGGACCUCUGGCGAUCAACCUCACCCUCGACGACGUCGCCGGAACCCCUCCCAACGCCCCCGCCGCCUGCCGCUCCCGCGCCGCCGUCUACGUCCACUCCCUCCCCUCCAAAUUCAACUCCGACCUCCUCCUCCGCUGCCGCUCCCUCAACAUCUACACCGACAUGUGCCCCUACGUCUCCAACCGCGGCCUCGGCCGCCCCAUUCCCCGUCGGCGGCGUGGCGGCGGCGGCGGAAGCUGGUUCGCCACCCACCAGUUCAUCGCCGAGAUGAUCUUCCACGCGCGCCUCGAGAACCACCCGUGCCGCGUCUCCGAUCCCGCCCGCGCCAACCUCUUCUACGUCCCCUUCUACGCCGGCCUCUACGCGUCCAGCAUGUUCCGCGAGCUCAGCCUCCCGGCCCGCGACGCCCUCGCCGUGGACCUCGCCGAGCACUUGCAGUCCCUCCCGGCAUGGCGGCGGCGCGGCGGGCGGGACCACUUCCUGGUCCUCGGCCGGACCGCAUGGGACUUCCUCCGCCUCUCGAACCAGGGCCCGGACUUCGGCGCGAACUCCCUCCUCGACCUCCCGGUCGUCCGGAACAUGUCGGUGCUGACCGUCGAGCGGCAGCCCUGGACCGGCUCCAACCAGCACGGCAUCCCGUACCCUUCCUACUUCCACCCCUCCACGUCGGCGGAGAUGCAGGCGUGGCGCCAGCACGUGACCGACUCCGACCGGCCCCACCUCUUCUCCUUCAUCGGCGGCCCCCGGAAGGGCCCCGGGAAGGCGGCGAUAAGGGAGGACCUCAUCCGCCAAUGCGGCGAGUCGGCCAGGUGCGAGCUCGUGGUGUGCCAGCCGUCGUCCCCCGCCGCGUGCCACGAGCCGGGCCGCGUGCUCGGCGUCAUGGCGGCGUCGCGGUUCUGCCUGCAGGCGCCGGGGGACUCGUUCACGCGGCGGUCGGCGUUCGACGCGGUGCUGGCUGGGUGUGUGCCGGUGUUCUUCUCGCCGCACACGGCGUACACGCAGUACCGGUGGUACCUCCCGGCGGGGGACCCGGGGGAGUACUCGGUGCUCAUCGACGUCGGCGAGGGGGCGACGCGGCUCGGGGUGGAGAUAGAGGAGGUGCUGGCGGCGAUCCCGGCGGAGAAGGCGGCGGAGAUGCGGCGGAGGGUGAUCGGGAUGAUACCGGAGAUCACGUACGCGCACCCGAACGCGACGGAGCUGGGGUUCCGGGACGCCGUCGACGUCGCGCUCGACGCCUUGCUCGAGCACGUGGAGAAUCAAAGCUAGAGAGGACCCAAAAUUCAAUUUGAUUUAUCAAAUUUAUUAAUAAUUCUUUCCUUUAGUGAAAAAUAAAAGUCCCUAACUUUAAUUUUUAAUUUUUUGCUCUUUUUUUUUGCUUUUUUUUUAAUUGUGUUGGUGUAAUGUGAUGAAAUCUGUCACGAUCGCGACGGUCGAUUUUUGUGUUAAUAGAAUUUGAGAUUUGCUAUGUAUCGCCAUUUGGCAUCAUCUCUCAUGAACCAAUGCAGGCGUUUGGUUUCCUUCUAAAAUAUCAAUUGUUGACUUGUAUUU